CGUCCCGCUACCACCACCGUCACUACCAUGACCACCUUUGCCGAUGCCCCCGGCGCCUCGCUGCGCGCCCAGUCCUCCGACCUGGACUGGAAGAUCGUCAACACCAUCCGCGUUCUGUCGGCCGAGAUGGUCCAGGCAGCCAACAGCGGUCACCCUGGCGCCCCGAUGGGCUGCGCGCCGGCCACCUACGUCCUGUUCAAGAAGUUCCUGAAGUUCAACCCGAAGAACCCGAACUUCGCCGGGCGUGACCGCUUCGUGCUGUCCAACGGCCACGCCUCGGCCCUGAUUUACUCGCUGCUCCACCUGUUCGGCUACGACCUGACCAUGGAGGACCUGAAGGCUUUCCGUCAGCUGGGCUCCCGCACCCCUGGCCACCCGGAGAACUUUGUCACCCCCGGUGUCGAGGUCACCACCGGCCCCCUGGGCCAGGGCAUCUCCGCGGCCGUCGGCCUGGCCAUGGCCGAGUCUCACUACGGUGCCAUCUACAACAAGCAUGAUGUGCAGCUGGUCGAUAACUUUACUUAUGUCAUGGUUGGCGAUGGUUGCCUGCAGGAGGGCGUCGCCUCGGAGGCCGCCUCCCUCGCUGGCCACCUCAAGCUCGGCAAGCUGAUUGUCCUGUACGAUGACAACAAGAUCCAGAUCGACGGCUCCACCGACCUGGCCUUCACCGAGGAUGUGCGCAUGCGCUUCGAGGCGUAUGGCUGGCAGGUUCUCUCCGUGGCCGAUGGUGACAAUGACCUGGCCGGCAUCGAGGCGGCCAUCCGCGCCGGCCAGGCCGAGACCACCAAGCCCACGCUCAUCUGCGUGCGCACGACCAUCGGCUACGGGUCCGCCGGCCAGGGCACCGAGAAGGUCCACGGUGCCCCGCUCGGCGGCGCCGGGCUGACCAAGGUCAAGUCCUUCUUCGGCCUGGACGCCGAGAAGCCCUUCCACGUGGAGGAGGAUGUCCGCGCCGAGCUGGCCGGCUUCAUCGAGCGCGGUGCCGCCCUGGAGGCGGACUUCAACAAGCGCCUGGAGGCUCUGGCCGCCGCGGACCUGGCCCUCGGGGCUGAGGCGCGUCGGCGCCUGGUCGGCGAUGGCGCUGGUGGGUCCCUGACCCCGAGCCACACCCUGCCGGCCGCCUGGCUGGCCGCCAUCCAGGGGGUCGUGGACGGGGUGUCUGAUGGGGUCACUCCGGCCAUUGCCACGCGCAAGGCCUCGCAGAUGGUCAUCAAUGCCCUGGCGCCGGUGCUGCCGGAGCUGAUCGGCGGCUCGGCCGAUCUCACCGGGUCCAACCUCAACUAUUUGGACUGCUCGCAUGACUACCAGGCCGCCACCCCGGCCGGGCGUAACGUGCGCUUCGGCGUGCGCGAGCAUGCCAUGGCGGCCAUUUGCAAUGGCCUGCACGCCUACGGCGGCAUGUUGCCCUUCUGCGCCACCUUCCUCAACUUCAUCGGCUAUGCCCAGGGUGCCUACCGCCUGUCCUGCCUGAGCCACCACCAGGUCAUCUACAUCAUGACCCACGACUCAAUUGGCCUGGGUGAGGAUGGUCCCACCCAUCAGCCGAUCGAGACCCUGGUGUCGCUGCGUGCCACCCCCGGCGGUCUGACCCUUCGCCCGGCCGAUGUGCGUGAGACCGCCGGCGCCUACCAGGCCGCCGUGUCCUUCCGCCAGGGCCCCUCGGUGUUGGCGCUCUCCCGGCAGAACCUUCCCCAGCUGAAGGGCAGCUGUCACCUGUCCGUGGCCAAGGGCGGGUACCUGCUUGGGGAGCAUGGCUCCGGCGAGCGCGUGGUCACCCUCGUGGCCACCGGGUCCGAGGUGGCCCUGGCCGAGGAGGUGGCCGAGCGUCUGGCGGCCACCCCCGGCGGCGAUCUCCGCGUGCGUGUUGUGUCCAUGCCCUGCACGCAGCUGUUCGACCAGCAGCCGCUGGCCUACCGUCAGGAGGUCCUCGGCGGGGUGGGGGCCCCGGUCGUGUCGAUCGAGGCCGGCUCCACCAUCGGCUGGUCGCGCUAUGCCCACCUGACCGUGGGCAUUGACACCUUCGGCGCGUCGGCCCCCUACACCGAGGUCUACCAGAAGGUGGGUCUCGUUCCGGAGGCCAUCGUCCCUCGGGUUGAGGCCUUCCUGAAGCAUGUCCAGGCCGCCGGUGGCCAGGCUGGCACCCUGCCCACCCUGCAGGAGUUCUAAGCCUGUAUUUGCGCUUGGCCAUGUGUGCGUGCGUGCGUGCGUGCGU